AUGCUCAGCCCCGCCAUCCGAAGGUGGAUUGAAACGCCUACGGGCACUUUAUCACUUGCUGCAAUCCCGCUUGCAUUCGCGCUCUACAAGCUUCUCCAAAAACCUCAACGCCUGUCCAAAGUUUCAAAGACCAAAGAACGCGUUCUCGUAUUAGGAGCGACGAGCGGGAUCGGUCGAUCAAUAGCGCGCCAGUAUGCUGAGCGUGGAGCAGUCGUUUGCGUUGUUGGGCGCAGAGGAGCGCUGGUAAAAGAGGUCGUGAAGGAAUGUCGUCAGGUGCAAUCUUCGCUGCGCCUUGGGACCACUGACGAGAAGAACGACUUUUUGGGAGUCACGGCCGACUUUGCGAACGUUGAUGAUAUGGUUAGAGUUAGAGAGGUCAUCCAGUUCAAUUGGAAGGGUUUAGAUACCAUCGUUGUCGCUGCUGGGGUCUCGGCGCUUCAGCCUCUAAUGGCCGUCGCUGGUGUCGAGACUGCAAAUGGGGGGUUUACUCCAGAAGAAGCGACUCGCGAGGGAAUCAAGCGAGUUACUGAAGUCGCAACAGCUGCGAUAACAGGAAAUUAUGUUGGUCCUCUAAUUGCCGCAGUCACCUUUAUACCCCUCCUGUCGAAAACAUCAAAGUCGCCAGCGAUCACCCUCGUUUCGUCUCUAGCCUCCGUGAUCGCAGCGCCAACCCGCACCAUCUACGCAUCCACUAAAGCCGCAUCCCUAGUUCUCUAUCAGGCCCUUUCAAUCGAACAUCCCAACAUCUCAUUCUCUCUUAUAUUACCUUCUACCGUUGAGGGUGAUUUCCGUGCAUCCGCGGUCGACAGCGGCCCAGUUAGAGAAGUCGAUCCCAACAAACAUGGAUUGAAGCGCGAAGACGUGGCUAGGAGGUGUAUCGCUGCGGCUGAUGCCGGGGAGAAAACCGUAUUCAUACCACCGUUUGUGCGAUACGGGCAUCUCUUGUACUGGAUCUGGCCGUCUUUCGUGGAGUGGAGGGCGAGGAAGAAGUACAAUUUUGGUGCUUAA